CACGGUGAGAGGCUGUUUGUAAGGAGUUCACACCCCUGGGAGAGUUGGGGUGUAGGACUGCACCCACCCCCCCCCCCGCCCCCGCUCACCCUUUCCAUCAAGCUGUCCGUGGUGCGAGACGUCGGAAGCAUUGCUGGAAGAGCAAGGACAAGCCUGGCACUGUCCAUGGUGCUGAAGAUCGCAGGGAGAGCAGACCGGAGCUUAUACUGUCCGUGGUGCUGAACGUGUGAGGCAUUGUAGGGACAGCAAAAGCGAGUCGUUACCAUCCGAGGUUCUGAACGUGUGAGACACCGCAGGGAAAGCAGACAUGAGUGUGUAACUUCUGUGGUUCUGAACGUGUGAGACAUCGCAGGGAGGGCAGACACAAGUCCGGACCCCCUGCGCUGCUGAACGCCUCUGCAGGGGGAGACCACUUCUUUUGUUUCCCGGUUCACCACUCAGCAUCCCGCUAACGAGCCGCAAAGCAGCCGGGCUUGCAAACAAGGUGCGAGCAGGAUGUUGGAUGGAGCGGACAUGGUGGUCCCCAGCCCCACAGGACUCUGAGUGGCCCCCGUGCCGAUGUGCCCGGCGGCAGUGCCUGGGCGCAGGAGCUGCGGGCGAGAGAGCAUCACCGUGGCGAUGUCUCUCCUUCACCCUCAGGACCCACACUGCGAACAGAACCCAUCCUAUUGGGUCCUGCUGGCCUGGAUCUGAGAACUCCAACACCUUUCUGAGGGGCAGGGGAGGAAACGUCUUCUGUCAGGAAACAUUACACACUUCUCACCCUAGUAAGAAGCUCAGGAUUGAUGAUAUCAAGCUGGGAGUUUGCUCCCUCGAAAACAGCAUCCAGGUGCCUUUGAGGGACAAUGAACGUGAAGGGCAAGGAAUCUACUCAGAGAUUCUUACAGUACGUUGAGGACAGCGGACUGAUUGCCUAUGACAGUUUGGUCAUCCAGAAUGCCUCGGACAUCGCUCGCGAAAGCGACCGCGUGAGGAAUGAGACGAACUGGACAUACCUUCAAGAGAAAAGUGAAAAGAAGCGGACACAACAAAGCACUGAAAGGACCAGGGCACUGGUUUCAGAAGUCAGGUACACAGGGAAGCACUUCCACAUGGGCUUCAUGACUAUGCCGGCACCCCAGGACCGGCUGGGCCUUGCCCGUGGGGCAGGCUUCUCCGUACGUUCCCAGUCCCUGCACUCGGUCGGAGGCAGCGAUGAGGACACCAGCCCAAGCUCGCGCAAGCAGCCGCCCCCGAAGCCCAAAAGGGACCCUAACACCAAGCUCAGCAUUUCUUCAGAGACGGUCAACAUGGGGCCAUACUUGGGCAAACCAUGGAAAGAGCAGGAGAAACACGAGGCCUCAAGGCCCUGCAGUGAAGACUUCAGGAGGGUCCCACCUCCCAAGCCCAAGAGGAACCCCAGCACCCAGCUGAGCACGUCGUUUGAUGAGUCAUUCAUCAGGAACCAUGGGACCAGCAAGGCUUCCAGAGCUGGACAGUCCUGCUCACAGACCCACAGCCCAACGCGGGAUUCAGAUGAGGAUGAGCCUGUUUACAUCGAGAUGGUCGGCAACAUCCUGAGGGACUUUCAGCGGGAUGAGGAGGACGAGGGCGAAGCGGUCUAUGAGGAGAUGAAGUACCCAGCUUCUGAUGACCUGGGUCAGGACUCCAGGGGUGAGCACCUAAGCACGUCGCCACAGUGCUCCACGCUCACCAUCCCAGAAACGGAGCCGACACGCAUCCCUGCCCCUUUCCCCAACCUGCUGAGCCACCGCCCCCCGCUGCUUGUAUUCCCACCUGCCCCUGCCCAGUGCUCCCCCAACUCAGACGAAUCGCCUCUGACACCCCUGGAAGUCACCAAGCUGCCCAUGCUGGAGAACGCAUCCUACAGCAAGUCUCCAGGCACCUCGGACAGGGAGCUCCCCGCCACGCACACCAUUACGGCCUCCGGCCGCUCCUCCGCACCCCCCCUACCCUCCACCCUGUACAAGUCCUCCGCCCAUGGCUACCCUCGCAGCCACUCGGCCUGCCCCUCCCCCGUCAGCAUGGGUCGCUCACUCACGCCGCUCAGCCUGAAGCGGCCACCUCCCUACGAGGCGCUGACUGGGGGGGGACUUCCCCGCAGCGCCUCCGCUGUGGCCACCGGCGGGAAGGCGGUGUCCCAGGAGGGAUCUCGGCUGUCCAGCUCUGGCUCCCAUGGCUCUGUGCAGAACGUGUGCCGCGCUCGCACGCCCACUAGUCCGCUAGAUGAGCUGACCAACCUGUUCACCACUGGGAGGAACAUGCUGAAGAAGUCCUCCAGCAGCCGCAAGUCCAAGGAGCCAGCAGAGGUUGAAGUCAAGGUUAGAUGCCACAGCACAGAACCUCUUCCAAGACAUGACACUAAGGACAAGAGCAGCCACGGCACUGAUGCCAGGAGAGACAGCAAGGACAAGAUCAGCCACGGCACUGACACUAGGCGGGACAGCAAGGACAAGAUCAGCCACAGCACUGAUGCCAGGCGGGACAGCAAGGACAAGAUCAGCCACAGCACUGAUGCCAGGCGGGACAGCAAGGACAAGAUCAGCCACAGCACUGAAGCCCGGCGGGACAGCAAGGACAGCAAAGAUAAGAUUGGACAUGGCACUGACGCCAGAUGGGACAGCAAGGACAAGAUCAGCCACAGCACUAAAGCCCAGCGGGACAGCAGGGACAGGAACAGCCACAGUAUGGAGGCCUUACCCGGGUGUGACAGCAAGGACAAGAGCAGCCUUGGCACUGACUCCAUAAAUGACAGCAAAGAUAGCAGCUGUCAUGGCACAGACUCUAAACAUGACAGCAAGGACAAGAGCUGUCAUAGCCUGGGGGGUUUGUCCAGGCCAGACAGCAAGGAGAGGGCCAGUCAUAAUGGAGGAAGUAUGGACAACUCUAGAACCCAUGAAUGGGAUGGGGUGACUGAGCAAGCAGCCCCUGCCACGCCCGCUCGACUAGGACAAACUUCUGUCAGUCCCACACACAUGAUAGGCUGCGGCAGCUCAGAAACGAAGGUCAUUUCUAGGCUGGGCCGCUCUGCCUCCACGCCAGGCGUAUCACCCCCCACAGGGACGCCUCAACGCCAGGCCCCCGAGCCGCAUAACCAGCAGGUGCCAUCAUUACCAUGGGUGUGCAGGGACAGCACCAUGCUGGAGACCAUAGAGAGGAAACGUGUCCUGUGCAGGGAGAUCCGGGCUCGACAGCGGCCCGACAAGAGCCUCAGCAAGCAGGAGAGUCUGCCAGUGUUGCCCAGCUGGAAGAAGAGCGCCGGGGCCAAGAUGUGCAGCCCACCCCCAUACCCGGCUCACACCACUGUCUUCUGGGACACUGCCAUCUGAGAUCUGGGCCCAUCCCAGGAAUGACAUGUACACGGUGACAGCCAAUCAGGGCAGUGAAAUAGCCCAUGGUGCAUAUUAGCAUUAAUGAUUAGUUAUGUCAUCAUAUCUUCUUUUUAUUGUUUAUAUUACUUUUCCUACUUGAUUUAAUAAUUGAAUAGUACCGUCAUCUAUUUUGAAACUGUCUAGAUUAAUCCCAUCGUAGAGUUUUUAAACUGGUUUCGGUGUUUAUGUUUGGCUCGGUCAGCCUGUUGCUGUCUUUCUUAGCAGAUGUCAGAUUCAGCAAGUCCAACUAUCAGAGCUGAGAACUAUUUCAGGUGGAUAUAUUUCGUAAUCUGGGGUGGCGUCAGCAGCAGAGACAGUCUGGACCCUACGAAGACGUCCCUGGAGACGACUUCACCAUGGUUAUGGGGCACUCUGCUUUAAACACUUGACACACUCCGCUCGUCACGGGUCAUGCACCUUGCUGUCCGACUGGCAGCAUGGAGAGGUAGAGAGAAGGAGAGUCUAGAACAGGUUACAUAAAAUAUAUGUAAAUUGUAUGUAAAUCACAUGUACAUUCCUUUGGCAAUAAUUGUGAGCACUGUUCAUGAUAAUAAAGCACCUUGGAGUGUUAGGGGUAGCAGUGAGACUUUUGGCCUUAUACACAGAAGGCAUAGAACGUUUCCUCUAGAAGAAAAAUCAUAUUUUCCAUUAACCUGCCACUGUCUUUACUAGCAGUUAAAGUGUUUCAAGUAUUACCCAGCAUGCACUUUGUUAGUGGCAAUAAAUAUGACACCACCUGGCCUUAUUAAUUUCCCGCAGUGAGGCCAGAGGUCCCUGGAAAACUGAGAAACAUAUCAGUUGUGAGGCCCCAAAGAGAAUAUAUGCCCGUCGUUAAAUAUAGGACCAGCAAUCUGUUAUAGAGAACUCAGUUUGAUUGAUUGACUUCCUUUAUAAGUUAGUUAUAAUUUAAAAAUGAUAUUUAGUUGGUGUUGGACAUCAUGUUACUGCCAAAUUACUGGCUGUAACUUGCGGAAGCGGCAACAUGUAGAACAAAUAUGUGUUGUGAUGUGUGUUUUCGGUGACGGGCUGCCAUACUGGCUGGGUGUUUAUGUGUAAGCCGUAGAACUCUCCUGUAAAUCGAGGCUGUGUGAAAACUCCUGCACCUGUUAUUCCCAGAAAAAUACCAGUUCCCCUUUCUGACUCUUGUGACUGAAACUCCUUUGCGUUGCCUUGGAGACCGGGGUUCACUGUGACUAAAAGCUUAGAGUCCCUUUGGGGUUAAAGGUCUCUAUAACUGGUGAGGCUAGGAGCAGCUUAGUGCUGCUCUAUUACCAUAUAUCUGUGUCGAAGUUGAGGUCCUCUUAGCAUAAAAGGGCCUGUGGGGAUUUCAACUAGAGCUCUGUCUCUAACUCCAUGCAGUGAGACCUCCAGCUGAUAGGGGGCCCUCUACCUGUACACAGUUCACUUAAAACAUAAUACUUUGUUGCAUACAGUCACAUUCACUGUCUGCUUUUGGAGUGAAUUGUUAAAUAUGAUGAUGUUCAGCAUAUUUUUUUGUGAAGUACAGAAUUCCUAGAUCCUCAGUAAUGUCACAGGUCUGGUCUUAUUGCACUGUGUGUUCUAUUUUUAUGUUAUGAAUUAUGUGAGGAAAAGUAUGCUUAUUGUAGGACUGUUUCUAAGUAAUGACAGAGUUUAAUGGAAUAAAGUAUGCACUAAAUUUCACUGCAAGCAAUUGCAGAAACA